CAUAUGGUCAAUUUAUACAAUCGAUAGCUAGUUGCAAUUUAAGAACAAAAGUGUUUUGUCUGAUUUUUAGUUAAAGUUUAAAUUAAAAACAUGUCGCUGCUGCACAAGAUAUGCAGAGUCACCGUACAGACUAAUGCCUACACCUUAAGUCGCAAUUUAUCAGUUGCGCAGCGCACUCUUAACGCCAACAGCAACGAAACCGCAACUACAAACAAUGUGAACGGGGAGCAAACGGAAAACAUAACUAAAGGAGGAUUUGCUCGUGCUUUUGAGAAGUAUACAGCACCAGCAAUGCCGGAAGAGCUGCCCGUCGACAAUCAAAGCUUUGCCUCGAUGUUGCGCCAGUCAAAGUUUGUUGAUUUGGGUGAUGCCGAGGGCAAGGUGGUGAGUGGUAAGAUAUUUCACGUUGUUGGCGAUGAUCUGUACAUAGAUUUUGGUUGGAAAUUCCACUGUGUGUGCACGCGACCAACACGCAAUGGCGGCGACUAUGUGCGUGGUGCACGCGUUCGUCUGCGUGUCAAGGACCUGGAGCUGUCCACUAAAUUCUUGGGUUCCAGCAAAGAUAUAACCAUUUUGGAGGCGGAUUGUCAUUUGCUUGGCUUAAUUUCAACGCCCACACGUCAAGGAACUGCAAAAAACCCAACAAUGAUAGCGCCAAAGAUUGAUACAUUGCUAUGAAAUUAAAUCUAUUUUCUUGUGCAUUAAACAAAAUGUUUGUUAAGUUAAAAUAGUCACGUUGUAAACUGAAAAA